AGGUAGCCAUAUUCACAAAUACAGCGACAGAGAAAAUAUUAAAACGAAAACGACUAAAAAGCAAAUAUCUACAUUGCAACAAACUGUUUAAUUGCGAUAUACAAUAUUCUACGUAUACAUAUUUCACAAACUAAACUACUGAAUAAAAUAAUAAUGAGUGGGAAAGCUGGGACAGCGAUUGGUAUCGACCUGGGCACGACCUACUCGUGCGUGGGCGUGUUCCAGCACGGGAAAGUGGAGAUCAUCGCCAACGACCAAGGCAACCGCACGACGCCUAGCUAUGUAGCGUUCACGGACUCGGAACUGCUGAUCGGGGACGCCGCUAAGAACCAGGCGGCCAUGAACCCCGGCAACACAAUCUUCGAUGCCAAGCGCCUGAUCGGUCGGGACUUCAGCGAUUCAAACAUCCAAAGCGACAUGAAGCACUGGCCGUUCAAAGUUGUCAACGCCGGCGGCAAACCCAAAAUCCAGGCCGAGUACAAAGGUGAGAAGAAGACGUUCGCACCGGAAGAGAUCAGCUCAAUGGUGCUGACCAAGAUGAAGGAGACGGCAGAAGCGUACCUCGGCCAAACCGUCCGCAACGCCGUGGUCACCGUACCCGCCUACUUCAACGACGCCCAGCGGCGAGCCACCAAGGACGCUGGUGCCAUAGCGGGACUCAACGUUAUGAGAAUAAUAAAUGAGCCGACAGCCGCCGCUCUGGCUUAUGGACUUGACCAAAAUCUGGGCGGUGAGAAGAACGUAUUGAUAUUUGAUCUUGGUGGUGGUACCUUCGACGUAUCAAUACUGACAAUUGAUGAGGGGUCAUUAUUUGAGGUAAAAUCUACUGCCGGUGAUACUCACUUGGGUGGCGAGGACUUUGACAAUAGAAUGGUGAACCACUUCGUGCAGGAAUUCAAACGAAAAUUUGGCAAAGACGUCAGCAAGAAUCUCCGAAGCAUCCGCCGCCUGCGGACCGCCUGUGAGCGCGCCAAAAGAACACUGUCGAGCAGCACAGAGGCCAGUAUCGAGAUAGACUCCCUCUUUGAAGGUAUUGACUUCUACACGAAGAUCACGCGCGCGAGGUUUGAGGAGCUGUGCGCUGACCUGUUUCGGUCGACCAUGGAACCAGUUGAGAAGGCGCUCCGGGAUGCGAAACUGGACAAGUCAAAGAUUCACGAGGUUGUGCUCGUCGGCGGCUCCACACGCAUCCCUAAGAUUCAAAGUCUUCUGCAGGACUUCAUGAACGGAAAGGAGCUGAACAAAUCCAUCAACCCGGACGAGGCUGUCGCGUACGGGGCCGCCGUGCAGGCUGCCAUUUUGUCCGGGGAUCGCUCUGACGCCAUAAAAGACGUACUGCUAGUGGACGUGGCGCCGCUCUCCCUUGGCAUCGAGACGGCUGGAGGCGUCAUGACGCGGCUCAUCGAGCGGAACACUAAGAUCCCGACUAAGGCACAGCAGACGUUCACGACCUACUCAGACAACCAGUCGGCGGUCACCAUUCAGAUUUACGAGGGCGAGCGGGCGAUGACCAAAGACAACAACCUGCUCGGCCGGUUUGACCUCACUGGCAUCCCGCCAGCUCCCAGAGGCGUUCCCCAAAUCGAGGUUACGUUCGAUAUCGAUGCCAACGGCAUCAUGAAUGUAUCAGCGGAAGAUAAGAGCACGAAGAAACGGAACAACAUUACGAUCACAAACGAUAGGGGGCGCCUCUCGAAGGAAGACAUUGAUAGAAUGGUGAACGAAGCUGAAAAAUACCGGGAAGAGGACGAGAAAACGCGACACCGAAUCGAGGUUCGCAAUAAAUUAGAAAACUAUCUCUUCAGUGUAAAACAGGCGGCCACGGAGGCGGACGAAAGUAAAUUGUCGUCUGUGGACAGGGCUAAGGUUACGGAAAAUUGUGACGAAUGUAUGAAGUGGUUGGACAAUAACACGCUAGCGGAAGCGGAAGAAGUCGAACACAAACUCGAGGAGCUCCAGAAACAGUGUUCCCCAAUCAUGGUAAAGUUGCAUGGCGGCCAGCAGCCGGGAAACACGGGUAAUAGCACUUCUGGAAGUGGAGAUUAUCAGGGACCUACGGUAGAUGAAAUGGACUAAUUAACCGUAUACCAUUUAGGCUUAAAUAGACUUAUUCACAAGUCAAAAAUAUCUAAUAUUAUUAUAAGCUUAUACUUUGUUAUGAUGGUGAUCAUAAACAUUUGUUUUUAUAGAGAACUUUCUGUAUAACUGACUUUUAUAUUACCUAUAGUCUUUCAUUAGUUACACGAUUUGUUCUUAUUAAUUCUUGUAAUCAAUUGUAUUUUAUUGUUUAUUUAUUUACUACUUUUUACAUUAUUUGAUCUCAUGUGCAAUUGUUAAUAAAAUAUGUCA